CGCUGCGUUCCUAACCAACAGUGUUGUCAGGGUAAACAACUUUCAAGUCACUUCAUUUCCUUGGAACGUUUAUUUACCUUUAAAUCCAAGAUGAGUGUCAGAACAUACAAUCCGUCUGUUAGAGUUGGAAACUGGAAUGAAGAUAUACAAUUGGAAGAGGACACACUCAAAGACUUUUUGCAGAAAAGGGAAAGUGGGGAACUAUUAUAUCAGAAGAGAACAAAACUUGAACAAACAAUUUUUAAAAAGAUUGAUCUAAGUAUUUCCCGAGAUGGUUUGGUUCAUUUUGGAGAUAAAGUAAACAUCAGAUGCCCUGCUGCUCUCGAUCGUACACAAUACUUUGCACACAAAGAUCCUAGAAAUGAAUGCAACUUAGCUGUUGUUCCACAAAUCAACAAAAUUCUUUACUCUAAUAAAUUCGAAGGUCCAUGCAGUGUCACUGGGUGCAGAGAAGUGGCAGCAAACUUAAGAAGCACAUUUGUUAUAAAAAGUCCUGAUGGAAUCCCAGAUGGUGAACCACUCCGAUAUGGACAGGUGUUUUAUCUUUGUACAAUGGACGAUGAAGGUGGAAAUCUAUAUCUACACAGUGAUCGAGUAUCGCUACACAAAUCUCCAAACAAGUCUCGUCACCAGGAAGUGUCGUUAGUCUGCGAACCAUCAUUUUUAACGGAAUGGAAAAUUCUACAUAUUAAACCUAAAUUAAGAAUGGAGUAUGAGGGUAUUCCAGUACCUGCCAACUGUAAGAUCAUAUUCCACCAUGUGAAAACCGGCCAGAAUUUGAGCGUUGAGGAAGAAUUCUGUAUUCGCACAUCGUUCGGCACCCGAGAGUACGAAAUCUCGUCUCACACAUACUUAGAUUCGCACCGAGCUGAUAUGGAGCAAAAUCAUUGGCAGAUUGUAAUGGGUGUUCCCGGAGAUGAAGUUUACCCCGUCACGUUCCCCUCAUCAGGAACCGCGUCCACAACAACGGGCACUUCAUAAUAUUAACUUUUAACAUUGUUUUCCGAAGAUUUUUAGUAAAAAACUUUUUGUCUGGAACUAAAGCAAAAAAUUGAAAUUGUGAAUUAUAUACAUUAUAUCAAGUCUUGCUUUUGAAUCAAUUUAAUUGAAGAUUUUGAAACAUAAAUCUUAAUCCUAUAUAUUUUUUACAUAAAUUUCUUGUGAUUAUGCCAAUUUAAAAAAGAAUGGUGGCCAUUAGGCAUCUUAUUGACAGAAUUUAUGUAAUCUUCUACCCCUGUUAAGAUAUGUUAAAAAGGUUUAAAUUUGUUCAUAUGCUGUUUCAACAAAAAAUUUUUUUCAACUAAACCUUUUUUCUUCAGGAAUGAUUUUACUCAUUAAUGAUUUUUUGUAAUGUAUAUGUAAGUGUCAUGUGGUAGAAAUUUUAUUUUUUAUUGCAAAUUUAAGGCGUUUUUGACAAUGAUUUCAAGAAGAUAUUAAGUUGUUUGUCACAUUGUUGAAGAUUGGGAUGAAUAUUAAUAAUUUAGCAUUAGAGACCACCAAUUUUGUAUUAUACCUCAAAUAAAGAAAUUAUAUACAUGUAUAAAUGACAGCAUUACACUUAUUCCAUUGAAAAAAAAGCUAAAACUGUGUUACUUUGUUAAGCUAUAUAUUAAUGAAUUAGAUAUUGUUGUUGUUGAAUUUAGUUGAGAUAAUUUUGCAAUGUUAUGUGUGUGUUUUUUAUCAAAGAGAUUGUAAUGUAUUUUAACUAAAAUGAGAUUUUUCCCCCUAUGACAUGAUUGUUGUGUAAAAAUGACAUUAAAAACGAUGUCGUAAAAUUGACAUAAUUUUAAAUCAAAAAUGAAUUUGAUAUUUUUAUAAAAUUAGAUAUGAAUUACCAAACCAAUUUUAUCAUGCACUUUCUCUGUUAUACACCUGAAUUCAAUAAAUGGACUUGUCUCCCUUUACAUUUGGAACAGUCCAUUUAUAGUUUAAGAAACAUAAACUUGAAGAAAUCUCCCAAUGGUAGAAUUUGAAUAAGCUUCCACGCUUAAGUAAAACAUUAACUAUGCAGGUAAUCAUUUCUUCAGUAGCCCUAAAUUGGAAACAGUAGCAGUUAUUCCAAGUCAAAUUUUAUAUAUAUUGUUAUAAUUAAUAAUGUAUUUUAUUUAAUGCAAAAUAGUUUCAAUAAAUCUUUUUACCAUACUUUUCUUUUACACAAUAAUACUGCCUUUUAACCAUAAUUUUAUAUUAAUUAAGUACUGUAUGUGUAUUUAUUGUUAUAGAACAGAACAGAAUAGAAUUGAUUAUUACAUUAUGUCUUAUUUUCAAAUUAGUAGACACUGUAAUUAUUGUAAUAGUAGUUAUUGUUUGGUGUAAGUUUUGAUGGUAUCAAUUAUGCAUUACAGAAAGCAUUACUAACCCCAAGCAUUUUCAAGAAAAUGAUAACAAAAAAAUUGUUGUUAUUACACAGUAUUUGAACACCCCACACUUCCAACCUGUUUUUGUGAGGUAUAUAUAUUUUAUAUGAAACAGUUUUAUAAAUGAAUAAAUGCAUUAUUUAUCAUAUUA